AUGGAAAGAGGGAAUCAGACCAGCAUCUUUGAGUUCCUCCUCUGGGGACUCUCAGAGUGGCCAGAGCAGCAGCACAUACUCUUCCUCCUGUUCCUGUGGAUGUACAUGGUCACCGUGGCUGGGAACCUGCUCAUUGUCCUGGCCAUUGGCACUGACACACAUCUCCACACCCCCAUGUACUUCUUCCUCGCCAGCCUGUCAUGUGCAGACAUCCUUUUCACCUCCACCACCGUGCCCAAGGCCCUGGUGAACAUCCAGACCCAGAGCAGGUCCAUCUCCUAUGCAGGAUGCCUGGCUCAGCUCUACUUCUUCUUGACUUUUGGGGACAUGGACAUCUUUCUUCUGGCCACAAUGGCCUAUGACCGCCAUGUGGCUAUUUGCCACCCACUCCACUAUACCAUGGUCAUGAGCCUCCAGCGCUGCAUCCUCAUGGUGACUGUCUGCUGGACCCUCACAAGUCUCGUUGCCAUGACGCACACCUUCCUCAUAUUCCAGCUCUCCUUCUGCUCUAGGAAGAUCGUUCCUGACUUCUUCUGUGAUCUGGGCCCCCUGAUGAAGGUGUCUUGCUCUGAUACCCAGGUCAAUGAACUUGUGCUCAUCUUCCUGGGGGGAGCAGUCAUUUUAAUCCCCUUUAUGCUCAUCCUGGUCUCUUACAUCUUCAUCGUUUCAGCCAUCCUCAGAGUCCCCUCUGACCAGGGAAGGCACAAGGCCUUCUCUACCUGUGGUUCUCACCUCGCUGUUGUUGCCCUCUUUUUUGGGACAGUGAUCAGGGCUUAUCUGUGCCCCUCGUCCUCUUCCUCCAACUCAGUAGAGGAGGAUACGGCAGCUGCUGUCCUGUACACAGUGGUGACUCCCCUGCUGAACCCCUUCAUUUACAGCCUGCGGAACAAGGACAUGAAGCGUGCCCUGGUCAGACUUCUCAGGGGCAAAGCCUCCUUCUCAUGGGGCCAGUGA